AUGAAAUGUGUGAACGAAGGUCCUGAUCUUCUGAAGGACCAUAACAAAAUCUUAAAAGACCAACUCAAGCAAGGAAUUAUCGAGACUGUUAGAAAAAGUGGUGCAGAAGUGAUUCAAUAUUUGCUUCAAAACCCAGUUCUUACGCCAAAGAAAAAUACAAUCAGACUUUGGAUUGUGCAUGACGCCAGCACAAAGUGGAUUGUAGGGACCUGGCUAAAUGAAGUUAUUUACCGAGGCCCUGUAAUCCCACCUCAGCUCUCUGGAAUUCAGCUGCGGACACGAAGCGUAUCGGUUACUGCUGUUGGAGCCGGAGAGAAGAUGUUUCUACAGAUCGCUCACAACCCAGACGGUCAGGUUGUUACACGACUUCUUGGGUGA